AUGACGGCUGCGAUCCGGCGCGGGCAGGUCUGGAUCGCCAACCUGAAUCCCAAUCGCGGUCGCGAAGUGGGCAAGAUCCGCCCCGUGCUCGUGGUGCAGGGCGACUGGUUGAGCGCGGCGCAAUCGCGUACGGUCAUCGUCCUGCCGCUCACCAGCGACGUCCGUCCGGACGCGGAGCCGUUGCGUGUAACGAUUCGCGCGCGCGACCGCUUGCGGAUGGACUCGCAGGUCACCGUCGACCAGCCUCGCACCCUCGAUCGCCGGCGGCUCGGCGACGGACCGUUGACGGAGCUCUCCGCGGAGGAAAUGGUCCGCGUGGAGGAGAGCCUGCUCGCCGCGCUGGGCGUGUUCACCUGA